CUGGAACCUUUUAGUGAAGACUCGCAUCACAGAACCGUAUACUACCUCGACAAGCGUCUUGACACGGACCCGACUUUUCUGGAGCAGCACGUCAAAGACCUGGCAAAGGAGCCUCCUCGACCAUAUGUUCGCAUUCAAGGAUUGCAUCGGGAGUCGAAGAAGUCGGGCAAGGAGCGAGAGGACAAGAGCGUGGUCGACUUUGACUUUCACAUCGACUUGACACCCCUGCUGUACGAGGAAAUGGCUACCCGACGCUCCUGGGAGAGAUUGCUGGCUGUCAAUAAUUUUGACAAGGUCCGUCGUGGGACCGUCAUGACAACUAGGGCACCGGGUUUUGGAGGCAGUGGACCACCUGAGGAUGGUACACCCGGCGUUUCUGAGUGGUGCGAGCGUUACUGCAGCAGCAAAGCGGGCCUCAAGGCCUUUGUCCUGGAACGCCGCAUCACGGGCUGGGACUUUGCUCUCGUGGGAUCCAAGCUCAACAACCUGGUGAGGGCGACAAACUACCGAGGUCAGCUCAACAUUACGUUCCCGACGACACAUGCGCGCGUCGAGCUGUACAACGACUGCCGCACAAACCGCUGGCGUCUGACGCGGUGGGUCUCGCUGACCUUUUACUUCACCUUCCUCUGGCUCUUUUCGUGGCCUUGGCUCGCGAUCAGGACGAAGUGGUUUGAGACGGUCUAUGUUGAGUGGCCCAUGAGCCAACCCGACAGGCAGGGCACGCUACGAUACGCGUGUAUGAGUGAGGAUCGAUGGUACCGUCUAUGGCGCCGUCCGAUAGAGCAGGCGGUGCUGGCACGGCGCCAGGGAAGACUGAGCCAGGACGAUAUCGACGAAGCGUACCACGCACCGGGAGCAGAUGACUUUGCCAGAGGUAUGAGGGCCGGUUUGGAGGUUGUGCAGAGGACGUUUGGCUGGGGAGGCGAC